AUGUGGCAACAGAAAGAAGAAAAAGUGCGUUUAGCGCCGACGCCGGCCGUUUCCUUCCCCGUCCUUUGUGUUCUUGUUGUUGUUGUUUUGACUCCCUGCGUCCGUUCGGUUCCUGUCAGCGAGGACAAGGAGGAAGAACUGGAGACCUACAACAAAUACUACGAUUAUGUGGAACUGAGCCGCCGUCUGCAGUCUCUCGCCCAGAAAUACCAACACAUCGCUGAUUUGAGGAGCAUUGGGAGGUCGGUGGAGGCCCGGGAGCUGUGGGUGAUGCGGAUCACCAGAGAGCCUAGAGCUGAUGUUCCUGGCAAGCCGAAGUUCAAAUACGUGGGCAACAUGCACGGAGACGAGACGGUUUCUCGACAGGUUCUGGUUUAUCUCAUAGAGCAUCUGCUAGCCAGGUACGGAGAAGACCAGCGGGUGACCGAGCUGGUCAACAACACGGACAUUUAUAUCAUGCCGAGCAUGAACCCGGACGGCUUCGAGAACUCUGUGGAGGGGGACUGCAAAGGCGGAGGUCAGGGCAGGGUUAACGCCAAAAACGUUGACCUCAACAGGAGCUUCCCAGACCAGUUCAAGAAAAUCGACGUCAGUAUAGAUGACGCUCCUGAACGGACAGCUGUUAUGCAGUGGAUCGUUGAGAACAAGUUUGUCCUGUCUGGGAACUUGCAUGGCGGCACUGUGGUGGCCAGUUAUCCCUUUGAUGACUCUCCCUCACACAAGCAAGAUGGUUUCUACAGCCAGUCACCUGAUGAUGCUCUCUUCAGGUACUUGGCUCGGGUUUAUGCAGAGAACAACCCUGUCAUGAGAACAGGGGAGCCCAACUGCGAGAUGGAUUCGGGUGAGAAGUUCAAGGACGGCAUCACAAACGGAGCGGAGUGGUAUGAUGUGGCAGGUGGGAUGCAGGACUACAAUUACCUGAAUGGGAACUGCUUGGAAAUCACCAUGGAGCUGAGCUGCUGCAAGUAUCCCCCCGCUGCACAGUUACAAACAGAGUGGGACAACAACCGCGAGUCUCUGCUGGCUUACAUGGAGAAGAUUCACAUUGGCAUGCGAGGUUUUGUGAAAGAAGCUGGGAGUGGGAAGCCCCUGUCUGACGCAAAGAUCAUGGUGGCAGGCAUUAAUCACAAUGUGAGCACUGGACAUUUUGGUGAUUAUUACAGACUCCUGCUCCCAGGCACCUACAACAUCACAGCUGUAGCCUCUGGGUGCACGCCCAUGACGGUGGUGAAUGUGCAAGUAUCUGAAGGCAAAGCUACAGAACUGAACUUCACUUUAACACUACUUGAUGAUGAGAGCAUCAGCCACACAACUGCUCCCUCGCUAAUGCCCUCCAGCACUGCCAGCCCGAUAAGCAGCGAUAGCAGCAACAAUAGCGGUUCCAGUGCCAGCACGUCCAGUGACACUGCAGGGCCGGCAGAUGAGGGCUCCAACACUAAUGCAGGACCGCCAGAACCACAGCCCCUGCAGCCUCAGGAGUUCCACCACCACCACUACAGUGACAUGGAGCUGUUCCUGCAGAGGUUCAGUGCCAAGUACCCCUCAAUUACACACCUCUACUCAAUUGGCAAGUCUGUGGAGGAUCGCAUGCUCUGGGUCAUGGAAAUCUCUGACAACCCUGGUGAACACGAGCAAGGUGAACCGGAGUUUAAGUACAUUGGUAACAUGCAUGGCAAUGAAGUGGUGGGACGGGAGCUACUACUUAAUCUGAUUGAGUAUCUCUGCCGUAACUAUGGCACCGACCCUGAGGUCACACAGCUCGUCAACACCACCCGCAUCCACAUCAUGCCCUCCAUGAACCCAGAUGGCUACGAGGUUGCCCAAGAGGGAGAUAUAAGCGGCUACCAGGGUCGUAACAACAGCAACAACUAUGACCUGAACCGCAACUUUCCUGAUCAGUUCAAAACCAUCACUGAUCCCAGGCAGCCAGAGACUAUAGCUGUGAUGAACUGGCUAAAAAGCUACCCAUUUGUACUGUCUGCUAACCUGCAUGGAGGCUCUUUGGUGGUAAAUUACCCUUUUGAUGAUGACCCAGAAGGCAUCAGUAGAUACAGCAAGUCUCCGGAUGAUGCUGUAUUUCAAAUGGUCGCCACUGCUUACUCUAAGGAAAACACACUCAUGCAUAAAGGCCACCCAUGUGAUGACAUUAAAAACUACCCCAAUGAGUACUUUGAGAAAGGCAUAACCAAUGGAGCCCAGUGGUACAAUGUACCUGGUGGUAUGCAGGACUGGAACUAUUUGAACACUAAUUGCUUUGAGGUGACCAUUGAGUUGGGCUGUGUGAAGUAUCCUCUGGCAGAAGAUUUGCCACAGUACUGGGAGCAAAACCGCAGAUCAUUACUACAGUUCAUCCACCAGGUCCACAGAGGAGUGAAGGGGUUGGUGACUGACCAGAAGGAUGGGACUGGCAUUCCUAAUGCCACUAUCACUGUAGAGGGGAUUGACCAUGCUGUCACCACAAACAAAGCUGGAGACUACUGGCGCCUGCUUGUCCCUGGAACUUACCACCUCACUGCCUCUGCACAAGGAUACACUUCUGUUGACAUAAAUGUGACUGUGCCUGAGGAUGGCGUCGAAGUGGUGGACUUUAAACUGACCCGGAUACACAGUGAUGUGAAGAAUCAGGUGGCUAAAGGCUCCAGUGCUCUACCAGACUCCAUUGAAGAGGAGUUCCACAGUUUCAUCAAGCAGCUCUCAGUAGGGGAUGGUCUGGAUCGGCUGAUUCAGGACACUGCAACCACCAGCAGUUUCCGCUACCGUCGCUAUAAAGAGUUGUCUGAAUUUCUGCGUGGUCUCACCUUCAACUUUCCAAACAUCACCGUACUCCACAGACUUGGUCAGAGUAUAGAGUACAGAACCAUCUGGGCCCUGGAGAUCUCCAACAACCCAAAUGUGCCAGAGCCAUCCGAACCCAAGAUCCGCUUCGUGGCUGGUAUCCAUGGCAACGCCCCAGUGGGCACAGAGCUGCUUCUGGAGUUUGCUGCCUAUCUGUGCAUCAACUACGGCAAGAACGCUGCUAUUACCAGGCUGAUCAAUGAGACCAGAAUCGUCAUCCUUCCCUCCAUUAACCCAGAUGGUCGCGAGCAGGCCAAAGAAAAAGAGUGCAGCUCCAGCGUGGGUAUGACCAAUGCAAACGGCAAAGACCUCGACACUGAUUUCUUUGGUAAUGCUUCACAGCGCUCUGCAGAACCACAGCCUGAGACUCGUGCUGUAAUGGAUCUGAUACAGGAAAAGGGCUACACUCUCUCAGUGGCACUGGACGGAGGCUCUGUGUUGGUUACAUACCCAUAUGACAAACCAGUGCAGUCAGUUGAAAAUGAGAGUACCCUGAGGUAUUUGGCUACUGUGUAUGCCAACAACCAUCCCACAAUGCACUUGGGAGACGCUGGAUGUCCAAACAGCAGUCAAAUGGGGAACAUCCCUGAAGGAGUGCUGCGGGCAGCAGAAAGGCACAGUCACAUGGGCAGUAUGAAGGACUUCAGCGUGGACUUCGGUCACUGUCCUGAGAUUACUGUGUAUACCAGCUGUUGUCUGUUCCCCCAAGCUGACCAGUUGCCCAUCCUCUGGGCUGAGAACAGGAAGUCUCUGCUCAGCAUGCUGGUGGAGGUGCAUAAAGGCGUACGUGGUAUAGUGAAAGACAAGAGUGGGAAGCCCAUAGUGGGGGCGAUGAUCGUGCUGAACGGCGGAGUGCGAGUGUUCACCAGUGAGGGCGGAUACUUCCAUGCCCUGCUGUCUCCAGGCUCACACAAUAUCGAAGCAGUAGCGGAAGGAUACCAACAGCAGCGGCAGGAGGUGAUUGUAUCGUCAUAUGAGGCAGCAAGCUCCAUCAUUAUUGAGUUUGAUAUGGACAACCGCAUUUUUGGCUUACCAAGGGAGUUGGUGGUGGCCACUGCAGCUGCAGCUAUGACGGCCCUGACCAUCACCGCUUGCAUCAUCUGGUGCGUGUGCUCAGCUAAGUCCAACAGACAGAAGGAUGGUUUCCACCGCCUGCGUCAGCACCGGGACGAUUAUGAUGAUGAAAUCCGCCUCACCUCCAUGGGCUCCAAGAAGUCUCUUCUGAGCCACGAGUUUCAGGACGAGAGUGAAAGCGACGAGGACACUCUGUACGCCAACAAACUCUGAUACCUUUGCGCCUCCCUAAUAUAGUCAAUUUAUCUGCACACGCCCUACAGGAGUGAGACACAGGACUCAGAUGUUCUGUCCUUUCCCCUGCAGUCCAGAGCUCACUAGCCACUCCCUCCCAGGGGCCAGUAGGGGGCACUCAACUCAAAGGCCCAUCCAAACGGACUGCCCUGAAAUCCUUCACAGGAUGCACUUUAGUGGCCUACUGAAAUUUGGUCAACCUUAACACACCUUAAUGUAUGCAACUAACCACUGUACAAUCUGCUCUCAACCAACUUACUAUUUAUUUGAAUUUAGAUAAAGCUACUUUUCCGCUUGUUAGUGUGGAGAUUUCUCAGCAGCUCUUCCAAUAGGUGUCCAGUCAGUAUAGCACUAACUGAAUUGCCCAAGUAAACAGAAACUCAACAGGAUUGCUGAACACAGUGCCUUGUUUGAUUAGUUUGAGCCAUUUAUGCCUGUUGGCUGUCAUUGAUGUGUGAAGACGGGUGAAAGUCAAGUUCUUCUCUCUGCCAUACUUUGAUUUGGGUCGUAAUCAGGAAUCCAGUGAUUUUUUUUCUAAAUGCUGUUUCUCGCAGUAGCUGAUGGAGUUACUGGGAACAGACCAGGAGUUGUGUACUUAAAUCAUCUUGGCGCAAAAGUGCUGCUUAUGCAUCGUGUCAUCCUUUUUUUAUUUCAUUACUGGGACUGAGAUCAGUCAUGUGGAAACGUGAGCCUAGUUCAGAAUCUGCGAUAAUUUAUAAAUCUAGGUCGUGAACAGCAUUUCUGUGGUCAGUUCUUAAUCAUACACACUCUGAGGUGGUCAGUUUGUUGCCUAGCUUUCAGAAUCUUCAGAAAGCCAAUUUGUUGAGCACACAGAUUUGUACUGUAGCAUAGCAUUGAGUCACAUCAGCUUGAAUGGAAUUUGGCUUGCCAAGAAUGUAAAGUUUUGUUUUGUUUGUUUUUCUUCUUUAAAUUUUUAUGUAUUUUAAUUGCACUCAUCUACCGUUUGUUUGUGCAUAUCUAAUAUACUAAACCUGAGAACUUAAAUGUUGGAUCUGUAUUCGCUGCUACAGAUUAUAAUAAUGGCCAUGCACUCUUUUGAAAUGUUUGAAGUGUAUCUGUUUUUUUGAUUUUUGUUUUUUUUUCUCCUCAGAGGAUCUUCAAGCCACAGUUGUUCACAGUAGGUCAUUGAUAAUGUGUUCAAACACAUACAUAGAAUCAAGACAUUUAGAUAAUAAACGGGGACUUUUUAAAUUGAUUAAAAGGGUAGCAGAAAUGCCUGCAAAAGCAAUAACAUCUUUGAUUUGUUCAUUCUGAACAGAUUUCAGAUUUUUUAUUCAGGAAUAUUUCAGUUUUUUCACAUCUGCCUUUUUAUUGAUUUAUAUGUAAACUAAAGAUUGAAUCAAUACAUAUUAAUUAAACUAAAAAUACCCUGGUCCACAAUCUGACCAAAAGUAUGGUCAGUGCAAGUGACCAUAACAUUAAUUUUUUUUCCCAUUUUAAUUGAACUGAUUUAAUUUUUCCAUCUGAUAGAGACUUUUAUACAACAUUUAGUGCCUUUGUCUUCUAAAAUGAUAAAAUGCCAUACAAUUCACACACUUUUAAUGAUUUCUAUAAAUUGGAUCCCUGCGUUGCAUUGGCUUAUUAAUACAUACACUGACAGUGUAUGUACUGUUAACUAAUCAGGGUAACUUUCUCCCUUGAACAGCUUCAGCCCUUGAAAUUCACAUAUUGAGGUGUUAAUUUGUUUUUAUUUUUAUUUUAAUUUUUUAGCAGAAAUAUACUUGUAAUUGACACUAGCAUUUAUAAGGACAUGGAUUCCAUUUUAACUGAAAUUCAGACUGUUAAACUUUUUUUCCGUUUUGUCAUUUGCUAUUUAUUUGGUUUAUGACCUAUACAUAGGAUUCACAUGGCCCGCAAGCCCAUUAAUAUUGAAUAAAUAAUAGGAACACUGGCUCAGUGAGUUAUUAAUCUGUAAUGUGUGAAACCAGCAGAGCUGCUUGCGUGUGCUGAUGAAUUCAGGCAGGUGCUCGGUCUUGCAAUUUAAUGUAUUUUAUACACAUUGUGUCUCAGUAUCUUUAUCACCCUUCUUUUGUCUGCAUGCCAGUUAAACAAGGAUCUUUUUUUAUUAGAAGGAAAGAAGGAUACAGUAGUAUCAUGGCGAAUGUGGCACUGACGUACAUCAAGUGUUCAUUCGAUAGCCUUUUAAAGCCUCUGUCUGGAUGGUGUGGCCUCAAGCUUUCAGCGUGUUGGUAACCUUCCUCUUUCAUCACCACAUUGAUUACUUUCCGCUUUUCUUUGUGUAGUGCACCAAAAGUAAAACAUUGUUAAUGUGUAUGAUAGGAAAGGUUGUGAUAUGACUUCUUCAUUCACUGUUUUCAUUGCCACAUAAAUCUGACAUGAUAGCUUGAUGCUGAAAAUCAUGCUCGAGUGCAAAUGAGUGGGUGUCUGAACAAACGUGUGUAGCUUUUGUAUGUACUGGUUGUGCUGAUGUAUAUUUUUUUGUCCUUUUUAUACAAAAGGGGUUGAUUGUAGAUAAUUAAGUGAUGCCAACUGUACGUAAAUGACAUAAGUGCAAUUUUGGUCAAUGGUGGAAAACAAACAAGUGCAAAUAAACCUCUCUUUAUAUCUGGUGUUGAAAUACAACUGGGACUGGCUGAUUCAGUAUAACUGAGACUAAAUAAAAGUCUGAGGGGAAAAGUCA